UCCAAGUGCAAGUGUUUUGCCAUUCAACCGGCGUUUCUUCGACCACGUUCCUGGGUUUACAAGGCUCUUUUUCCGUCCAUUUCCCCCUCGUCUUCUCCAUUGUCUUCUCAACCAGGUUCUGCACUUCGAACGUCAUAUCAUUUCUUCGUCACUCGCCCCCAUCUCCCAGACAUCACUCACUAUCCUACACUCUCCGUUUCAGCCACUCCCCUAAUUCCUUCUCCGUCCCCUCCUGUUCCCCCCCGCUAAACCCAACAUCCCGAAUCAAAUCAAGCAAACACCCAGCACCAAGGCCCUCCUCAAAUACUCAGAGUCCAAGAGCUCGGCAACAAGCAACGCAGCAGCUUCAAUCCCAGCAUAUUGCCAGUACUUGUUCGGAUGAUAGAAAAACACCGCCUCGCUCUUCUUCUUGUCAGAAUCCGGGUUCCUGGACCGCAUGCGUCUGUUGUAGAUGUACUGCUCGCUCUCUCCACCCGAGUGACUUUCCAUUGGAAGUAGCACGCGCAGAGUAGAGCGAGCAUGGCGACGAAUUGGUCGAGCAGGAAUGCGCCUUCGAACGAACCUGUAAUCCAGGAUACGGGACUGAAGGGUGUACAUAGCGGCCGUCCAGAGUAAGACGAUGAGUGGGACGGAG